AUGUUCGCCCCCACGCGCGUCUUAACGACCACAGUUAAUGACCUGUUGAUUGCAGACGACUGUUCUCUUAACACCACAACCGAAGCCGACAUGCAAAGCAGUAAAGACCUCUUCACCACAGGUUGCAGAAACUUUGGUCUCAAAAUCAACACAGAAAAAACGGUGACCGUGCACCAACCGCCGCCGGGUGCUGACUACGGUGCUCCACACAUCAACGUAAAUGGCGCUCACGUUAAGAAUGUGGACAACCUCACCUUUCUCGGUAGCACGCUAUCCCGCAACAUUGAGGUUGCUCGACGGAUCUUUAAAGCCAGCCAAGCCUUCGGCCGGCUUCAAGUCUGUGUACGGAAUCGUCACGGUCUCUAG